CGACGGGAUAUUUGUUGAGGUUUCCUUACUUUACCUUAUCAUCCAACUGAGUUUGGAAUCUAAAACAAUCGUCAUCGAGCUACACAAUCCAUCCCGCGUUUCCCGUGUUACUCUUGUCACCUCCACUGCUUGCCCUUCGAAUGCAAAUACAUACGUCCUUCUCUUCUCCUACAAGACGCCGUGACAUGAACAAAGACAGCUUGCCCCUUAUCAGUACUGCACCUUAGCACCCCCUGUAUCCGCCGUAUAAGCACAGCAUAGCAUAGCACGCUGCCUCGGUCCCCUCCAACCACAUACAACAAUGAGACCUGUCUUGCCUACGAAUCAUCCUCUCAACACUCGGUCUUCAGACCGGCCCGACAGCUUGGUACGCCCUUCUUCGACCGUACCUGCUGCCUGUUUUAUCACCACAGAGGCCGACCUUGACGCUCGCCGAGAUCGCUCCCGUCCGCGAUUCCGCCAGCAAAGCGAUCGGCGCAAGUGUAGUCGUAACUCGCGCCGACCUUCAACCCCGCGUCAACGACGUUCGCCUCCUCGCACCAGCCGUAAGCCUGCGUAUCCUGCAUCGGAAUCAGACGAUUCAGAGGAAUCUGCGGUUGAAUCUGUUGUUGAACAAGAGCCCUUGAAUUUACCGUCGCAGCCAAGCACCCCGUCUUUGAUUGGUCUUUCGCAUUCUGGUUCUGUCAUGAGCAUCUCGUCGCAAAGCUGCUCUCUAGCAGGUCCCUCCAUCGACGCCCAGAGCGACUUGAUUCACGAUGAUGUCUCCUUACCCGUAACGGACCUGGCAGAUAAUCAGAGCACGGUUCCUCAGCUGAUCAUGCCGAGCUUGAUGGUUCCACGACGUCGUCCUUUCUCGGAAGUGGGUAAAUCUUUGGGCAAGCUAAAGAUUAUGGUCGCUGGACAAUGUGGUAUUGGGAAAACUUCACUCAUCAAGACUCUGGCAGAACGUUGCGAACACAUCGUUCACAUGGAUCCGAUAGAGAAUCGCAGUGCCGUGCAUGCUACUGAAACAUACGCCAGUUCGCGCCCACAGCCAUGGUGGCGAUCUGAUUCUGAACUCACCGUGACAACACGGAGGCGGAUUUCUACCACAGGUGAUGUCCUUGAUAGAAAUGUAUGCUUUGUUGAAAGCCCAGGCCACCAACGAGAUGCCUCUGGAUCGUGGCGUGAUCUCCAUUAUGUCGAAUCUCACUUGACAUCUCUGAUGAAUAAGCCCAUGGCUGAUUCGGACCUGUUCACUUUGGUCAACUCUGGCGGCGAGCCAGUUGUGGACGCUCUGCUCUACCUUAUUCCUCACAGCGGCCUUGUACGAGAGGACGUAGAGUACAUCAAACGCGCUCAGUGCAUGACUAACGUCAUUCCAAUUCUUACUAGAGUUGAUGAGCUUGCACCCGAGGAAAUCAAGCAUAUCAAACAGCAAGUUGUGAAGAGUCUGGCUGACAAGGAUGUCGAUUAUUUCUCUUUUGAGGGACCUGGGGACUCAGAGGAGACCAAGUGCGUAUAUGCCAUUUCUACCGAAUCUCGACCGGACUACGAUACCAUGGACGCCAGUACUCUGAUGGACUCGGAAUACAUCCCGCCGCUUGUGCCUACAGACUUGGGCCGGCUCGUCGACCACAUCUUUUCUCUGGAUGGUAGCGCUCGAUUACGGCACUCUGCAGCUGUGAAGUGUAUCAAAUGGCGACGUGAUCACGGUGAUAACUUGCUUCAAAAUGCCUUAUCGAGUGGAGCUUUGGUCUCUCGAUCUAUUCCGGAGAGGGCCAUGAGAUUAAGGUCCUUCAGGCGAACCCCGAGCUGGGAUCGGCUGGAGCUCUAUAACUGGGCGAAUAACCUGCGCCAGAGUCUUCAAUCCGAGAGAUUGUAUCAUCUGAUGGAAGAGAGGGCCAUUUCAAAUGCUGUCGCAAAGCAGUCGAGUCUAGUCCAUGUCCCCAGGACCGGCAAGAAAAAGACACAGCCCAAGAAACGGAAAGAUCCUCAACCUACCCACCAGGAUCCACUCGGCCUGUUGGAGAUGGGGGGAGGUCUUAAGCAGAAGGGGAUGCUUGCUCUAGAAAUGGUGAGCAGUGUUGGCCUGGUUGGUUUGGUGGCUUCCAAGAUUAUGCAUACCGGCUGGUCUGACGGGAUGUGUUCUGUUGUUGCAUCACGAAGAAGAAACAUAGAAGUUGGACGGUUGAGCAUGGUUUUGUCUUUCUAGGUGUUGAGACAUGGUAUUCCGGCCUGCUGAAACACGAGCGAACCAGCGCCGUCGUCUUCGCUUCGCCAUCAUGCUCUCACCCAAAGGUUAGGACAAGAGGUGGGAUCAAAUACUGGAGCAAUGUAUCAUGACACGAGAUACCCUAUCAAUAUCACACAUAUAUUA